AUGGGUGAAGAAAGCUUGAAGAAAAGAAAAGGAGAGGACAAAGGAAGAGAGGACAGACAAUCCCUUCAGAGUCAUGAGCCCCAAACGAUGAACCUACAAAAGCAGGUGGGCCUCAUUAGUGGAAUCUGUAUGAUUGUUGGUACAAUUAUUGGCUCAGGUAUCUUCGUUUCUCCAAAAUCAGUGCUUGCCAAUGUUGAAGCUGUGGGUCCUUGUUUAAUCAUCUGGGCAGCCUGUGGAAUUCUGGCAACAUUAGGUGCACUUUGUUUUGCUGAGCUUGGUACAAUGAUCACAAAGUCUGGGGGAGAAUACCCCUACCUCAUGGAGGCAUUUGGCCCAAUUCCAGCGUUUUUGUUUUCUUGGACAAGCUUACUGGUUACAAAACCCAGCUCCUUUGCAAUCAUCUGUCUCAGCUUUGCGGAAUAUGCCUCAGCUCCUUUUUACCCAGGCUGUGAUCCACCCCAAGCUGUCAUCAAGUGCCUGGCAGCAGCUGCCAUUGUGGUAAUUACAAUUGUGAAUUCACUGAGUGUGAAGCUGGGAAGUUACCUCCAGAAUUUUCUCACAGCUGCUAAAAUGAUCAUUGUCGCAGUCAUUAUUGUAAGUGGAAUUGUUCUCCUUGCACAAGGAAAAACUGAUAACUUCAAAGAUUCUUUCAAGGGCAGUAAAAUUUCUGUUAGCUCUAUAAGUUUGGCAUUUUAUAAUGGACUCUGGGCAUAUGAUGGAUGGAAUCAACUCAAUUACAUCACAGAAGAACUUAAAAAUCCUUACAGAAAUCUACCACUGUCUAUAAUUAUUGGAAUCCCCUUGGUCACGGUUUGUUACGUUCUGAUAAACGUUUCCUAUUUCACCGUGAUGACUUCAACAGAGCUCCUGCAGUCCCAGGCAGUUGCUGUGACAUUUGGAGAUAGAGUCCUUUAUCCAGCCUCUUGGAUAGUUCCUCUCUUUGUGGUAUUUUCGACCCUUGGAUCUGCCAAUGGCACCUGUUUUACUGCAGGCAGACUUGUUUAUGUUGCAGGUCGUGAAGGGCACGUGCUAAAGAUACUGUCUUACAUUAGUGUUAAGCACUUAACACCAGCCCCUGCUAUCAUAUUUUAUGGGGGCAUCACUAUUAUUUAUAUUAUUCCUGGUGACAUUGAUUCACUCAUAAAUUACUUUAGUUUUGCAGUCUGGAUAUUUUAUGGUUUAACUGUACUUGCACUAAUUGUUAUGAGGUUUACAAGGAAGGAACUCAAGAGACCUAUCAGGAUACCCAUCAUCAUUCCUGUCAUAGUGACACUGGUGUCAAUUUUACUGGUAUUGGCACCAAUCAUCAGUGCACCUGAACUGGCCUAUUUGUACUGUACUUUAUUUAUACUUAGUGGACUUAUAGUUUAUGCACUUUUUGUUCAUUUAAAAUUCAGCUGGGCACAAAAAAUAUCAAAGCCCAUCACUAUGCACCUCCAGAUGCUUUUGGAAGUUGUUCCAGAAGAGGAAGUUACUGAAUGAAGUAUUUUAUACCCACCAGGUUGCUCUUAAGUGCUGUACUGGUUGAAGUAUAUUCAA